AUGCCUAAACACAUUCCCAUCGAAGCAUAUAUCCACAAUCCUUAUGAAGCCUGCGACCAUGGAUUCAUACACCGCGAUGUCGUCCUUCACGACCAUUCAAGUGAUACGCCACGCUAUCUGCUUCCAGUUGUCUUUAUCGCAGAAAAAGGCACUGAUGUGUAUCUCAAAUAUCCUGGCUCUGGGGUAGUCCAUUUCAUUCACGGUGAAGCGAAGUAUGAAGACCUCAAAAAUCCCAGAUCCCACGUUACAGUGACAGCAGGUUCAGUCGUGCAUAUCGAGGAGGGAAUUACUCUCCGGUGGCAUUGCAACAACCCUGCAGGACUAAAAGGAUUCGGGGUUUUCAAUGUCCCAGUUUCUGUAAAGGGUUUUGAGGACUUUAUCGUCGUGCCGGCAUAG